AAAUUGUGUGAUGCCCAUUGUCAUGCUCAUGAUGCCAUUGACAAACUUGAUUUGAUUCCUGCACUAAAAACUGGUCACAUUACCCUGAUGGGAGUGCGUCAAGACGAUUGGGAUCGUGUUUCCAGUGUAGCAAAUGCAUGCAAUCAAGUAUCACCUCAAAAAUGCGUUCCCUGCUAUGGUAUUCACCCAUGGUUCAGCUAUCGUGUCAUUGGGAAUCAAAGCACAGAAAAUGACCACUAUGAAUCCGUGUUGGAAUGUUCUGACUCGGCCGAGAAACAAGAACUUAUAUCUCAAUUAGAGCCUCCUUUUUCAUUUGACGUCUGGCACACCAAUCUUUAUAAUCGACUGGUGGCUGAUCCAUCGGCUCUAGUGGGCGAGGUUGGUUUAGAUCGAGCAGCCCGUUUGAUGCCAGGGGGAUCGAUUGUCUGGCAGGGCAUACGCCCAACUAGUGUAAAGGUUACUAUGGAACAUCAAUUGACCAUCCUAGGAGCCCAACUUGAAUUGGCUCGCCAAUUGAACCGUGGUGCGAGUAUCCAUUGUGUCCAAAGCCAAGGUCAUUUGAUGACACUUCUUCAUCAAACGUCUAAGAAGAUAAAGAAAGGUGACAAGUCGCUUGUGAGACUGUGUCUACACUCCUUUGGUGGUUCUCCUGGGACGAUACCACAGUUUCUAAGUGUGCGUGGAUACAAAAUUUAUAUAUCAUUCUCAGUGGCAAUCAAUUCUAGACUUGUGCGGUCAAAAUUGGAUCAAUUAAUCAAAGCUGUCCCUGACGACAGACUGCUGCUUGAAUCAGAUAUCGACAGGCCAGAGCCACUGGAUGAAUGUUUGGUGGCAAUUGCCCAUAUAGUAGCAGGUGCCAAAGGAUGGCCGAUUGAAAAAGUUGUUCAACAAACGCAUUCUAAUUGGAUCGAUUUUAUCACC